UCAAUUCAACCACAAAUCACUUACCCACAUUCCUAAUUAAGAUAGCUGGCUUCGUCAGAUAUGGAUGUCAUAGUUGCUUUUGCUGUUGCACUUCUGGUGUUUCCAAUAGCUUCUCCUGUGACCUCGUUGAGCUCAAAUUACUACGACAAAACAUGUCCUAACCUCGAAUCCACUGUCUCUAGUACUGUGAAGAAAGCCAUGUUGAAUGAUAAAACAGUUCCAGCUGCUCUUCUCCGCAUGCACUUCCAUGAUUGCUUCGUCAGGGGCUGCGAUGGGUCAGUGCUGCUGGAAUCAAAGGGAAAGAACCAAGCGGAGAAAGAUGGACCUCCAAACAUUUCUUUGCAUGCAUUUUAUGUAAUUGACAUUGCAAAGAAAGCAGUGGAAGCUUUGUGCCCUGGCGUGGUCUCUUGUGCAGAUAUUCUAGCUUUAGCUGCAAGAGACGCAGUUGCUUUGUCGGGAGGCCCAACUUGGGAUGUGCCCAAAGGGAGAUUGGAUGGAAGAAUUUCAAAGGCAACUGAAACCAGACAGUUACCAGCUCCUACCUUCAACAUAUCUCAACUACAACAAAGCUUCUCACAGAGAGGUCUUUCCAUGGCUGAUCUUGUAGCUUUGUCAGGAGGCCAUACACUUGGAUUCUCCCAUUGUUCAUCUUUCCAAAACAGAAUACACAACUUCAGCGCGACCGUCGACGUCGAUCCAUCGCUGAAUCCAUCCUUCGCCGCGAGUCUAAGAAGCGUAUGCCCUGCACACAACAAGGUAAAAAAUGCAGGAGCAACCAUGGAUCCCUCUACUACUACAUUUGACAAUGCAUACUACAAGCUGCUGCUUCAGGGUAAAAGCCUCUUUUCUUCUGAUCAAUCAUUGCUUACUACAUCCAAAACCAAAACUCUGGUGUCUAAAUUCGCUCGAUCGCAAGGAGAAUUUCAAAAGGCUUUUGUGAACUCCAUGAUUAAGAUGAGCAGCAUCACAGGAGGACAAGAAAUUAGGCUUGAUUGUAAAGUAGUUAAUUAGGUGAAUUUAGUUAAUUAGGCAAGUUAUUGUGUUUAUCAACGAAGGUCAUGUCUUGUUCUUUGUAAGGUUAUGUUAUUUUGUGAGUGAUCAAUAAUCAGUUUGAGUGUGAGGUGGUGUGUGCCAGUUUAGAUUGCCAAUUGUAAAAGGAUUGAGUUUUCAAGACAAAAUUACUUUAAAUUUUUA